AUGAUUAAAAAGCAGGGUAAGGACUAUAAAUUACCAUUAAGUAAAAGUGACGAUAUAUUGUUUGUUCAUGGAGUAGAUUAAGAAAAGCAAUAAAAUUUACGUGAAUCACAAUUAAGAAAAAGCAGUUUAUAUGACAUUGCAUUAUAGAUACCAAAUGAAUAAUAAAAUAGAAGGAACUCCCAUAAUUCCAUUACAUUUAAUAAUGAGAAUUAAAAAGUGAAGUUGCUGUAUGUAUUUAUUUUAAAAAAUUUCAGUCAUACAAAGAAAAAAAUACUAACUUAGAUUGCUUAAUAUGGAUUUAAUGCUUAUAUGGCAGAAUAUAUAAUUUAGAAAUAAAAGAUUUCAUUGGAAUAAGAUUAUUAGAUUGUUUUGGAUUUAGUAAUUGAAAAAAUUCAUUAAUUUGAGGAACAAUACAAAUCUUGUUCUGGAAUAUAAAUACAAAAAGCUUCUUAUAAAUAAGUUGUUCCAAUAUCAAUUGAUGAAUAAUAAUAAAUAGAUUAAUUUAUAGUUGAAGAAACUAGAUAAGAAUUAGAAAAAGAUUCAAAAUAUAAUAAUGAUUGUUGUGGUAUUUGUUUAGGUGAAUACAAAAAUAAAUAGAAAGCAUUGAAUUGUAGACAUGAAUUCUGUUAUGAGUGUUUAUAGUUUUAUUUAGAUAAUAAAAUAAAUAAUGGUUAAGUUUUGGAAAUUGAAUGUCCAUAAUAAGGAUGUGAUAAUUAUUUUAAUGAUGAAGCAAUAAAGAAUUUAAUUAAUGAUGAAUAAUAUCAAAAAUUUGAAAAAUUUAAGAAACAAAAAUUAUUAGAUAGAGAUGAAACUAUUAGAUGGUGUGUUAGACCAGGAUGUGAUAAAUAUAUAAAGGGAAAAAGUAUGUUUAGUAAUAAUAUAAAAUGUGAAUGUGGAUAAGAAAUGUGUUAUGAAUGUCGUAGAGAAGAUCACCCAGGAAUGACAUGUGAAGUAUAGAUAUUUAAUUAGAAAAUUAGUAAGCAUUAGAUAAAUAUUAUGAAUUAACAUUAAAAUAAUUGGUUAUACAACGUUGUCCAAAAUGUAAAGCACCAAUUUAAAAGAAAGAAGGGUGCAAUCAUAUGACAUGUUAUUAAUGUAGAUUUCAAUUUUGUUGGCUAUGUAGAGCAAGAUACACAAGAAUGCAUUUUGAUUCAGAUAAUUGUUUUGGAUGUCCAGGUAAUAGAAUUAAAAGUUAUAGAGAGAUAAAUAAUUUUCUAAUGAUGAACCACAUUCUCGACCUAGAUGGAAGAAGUAUGGAGGAAUCAUUUUCGAAUUAUUUGCCACUAUAUUAAUUCUACCCAUAAUUCCAUUUAUCUUGAUUUAUUAUAGUGUGAUGGCUCCAUUGAAAAUAGUUAAACAUUUUAAUAGACAAUGGUAUAGAGAAUUAGAAGAUGGAGAUAAACUAUGUUUACUCUUACUUGGAAUAUUCUUCUUCCCUGCAAUUAUGGUUUUGUUGAUCUGUCCAGGAUUACUUCUGCUAUUGGCCUAUAAAAUUAAAUAUGAUUGA